AUGCCAAACGAGUUCGUGAAGCUGCUGGUUGUGACACAGGCGCAUCUCGGCGGUGUCAAAGUCACCAAACCAAUGAAAAAAUACAUUUACGGCCUGAGAAAGGACAAGAUUCCAGUAUUUGAUCUGAAGAAGACCUGGGAGAAGUUUGUGCUUGCUGCUCGAGCCAUUUGUGGUCUCACACACGCAGAUGACAUCACUGUGAUCUCGUGUAAGACAUUUGGCAAGAAGCCAGUAAUGAAGUUUACGGAAGCAGUUGGAUGCAAAGCGUAUACAGGCAGAUUCAUGCCUGGUUCAUUUACGAAUACGACAAUCAAGAACAGCUGUGAGCCACGACUUAUUGUGGUUUCAGAUCCAAUAGUCGACAAACAGGCUGUAGGAGAGGCAGCACGAGUCAACUGCCCUACAAUUGCAUUCUGCAACACGGAUUGUGAUUUGAAGAACGUAGACAUCGCCAUUCCACUCAACAACCGAUCUCCACGUGCCAUUGGCGCCUGCUUCUUCAUUUUGUCGCGACUCGUGAAAUACAUAAAAUACGGUGCAAAAAUGGAAGAGGACUUGAAGGAAGUGGAGCUGUUCUUCUACAGGGAUGCGGCAGAAUUGGAGAGACUGCAAGAGGAGCAGAAUGAGGGAACUGAGAAUGAUCUGAUCAAGAACAUUAAGACCAAUAUUGUGGAUCAGGAGGAUUUCGGCAAAAAGAAGGCAGAAGUGGGUAAUUGGUAG